UUUGUGGUUCAUAUUAACACCUUCAGCGCCGAACCACGUAGAUCUACGUGGCCCAAACCCCCCUCUUUGAGCUGGUUAUCGGAGUCUAAUGGACUUCAUGAAAGAACUACGUUAUCGCCAUCUUCAGGGCAAGGUAAAAACUGAAAAUACCAAACGGAAUUUUUAGAGAGAAUGACGCUAUUUUAGCAGCUAAUUGCACAAUUCUAUAUAUGAGGAUAGCCGCGAGGCAAACCGUGGGAAAGCGAUGGAACUUUUUUUGCAAAUGACGUAAGACUGAAAAAGAAGAGUUGGCUUUGUUCUUCAUUCAGUGGAAGUUAAUAUCAGUAUAUAGGAACACGGACCUCUACACACUUUGGUAUAGCUCCUGUGGUCGGACCGACUAGACACUGGCCACUGCUGUAAUUGGUUAUUAGGGUAAAGCUGCAGCGGCAACUGCAACGCUGUUGGAAGGAAAUUUGGAUUAACACGUCUGCACAACGAAUGGAUUAUUAAGGCAAGACAGGGAUAUUUCCAUCGGGGAUAAAGCUGUCGGUGGUUGAGGUAAAUUAUUUGGUCUUGACGGUUCCUUUCGGCGGCAACUUUCGUAACAACCUUCAAAUCUCAAGACAGACCACAUAUUGGGUACGCAAGGCGCGCAGGACUGAGACGAAAAAAGGGAUACGGAACUAGAGGCACUAGAUGAAAAUUAAAGUGAAAAUUUUCGGCGGAUGCAAUGGAUUACCACAGUGUUGCUCGUCACAUCCGCGUGGUGGCGCUACCCCUAAUCAUUCUCUGCGGAACAGUCGGGAAUAUUCUGUUUUUCCUGGUGCUAAGGAGGCGAGGGAUGAAUCCCGAUUCCCCGACAUCUUUUCUCCUUCAGGUGUUAGCAAUGGUGGACCUUUUAGUAUUGUCCAUGGUCCUUCUGCCCAAAUUCAUUGGGUAUGCCAUGGGACAAGAACUAGAAGAAAUUGCGGACAUCUCUUGCAAACUGAUCAACUUUUCCAAUUAUACGAUGACUGACUUAUCUUGUUGGAUACUUGUUUUGGUUACCAUUGAAAGAUUCAUCGCGAUUGCAGCGCCGUCUAGAUUCACGAGGAUAUUUUCGACGAAAAUUGCGCGUCUUCUUGUGGCGAUUAUCGUCUUCACUCUGAUUGCUAUCAACUGUGUCAUACCAUUCAUGCUGAGAUUGAAAGAUGGAAAAUGUGUUCCACAUCCUCACUUCCGAUACUUUUGGGAAGUGACGUUUGUGUGGGUAGAUCUGAUCCUAUUUGGUAUUGUGCCUCUUCUGACUAUCUGCAUCAUCAGCAUCGCGAUAGCAAUCGUUUUGCAAUCUAGUGGGACAGGAUACAGAGCCAGGGAAGACUCUGGUGAAGCAGGACAGUUCUUGAUCCCCGCCAUUGCAAUGUCGUCUGUUACAAAAAUGCUUGUUGUGAUGGACAUCAUGUUUCUAGUCGCCGCAUCGCCAUUGACGUUUUUCACGGUUUUGUUACCCGGAUGGCGAGAGUUCCCGGAUGCAAACGAACGUGCAGAAGCGGAACUGAUAUUUGCCGUCUGUGAGAUUUUAACGUUUAGUAUUUACAUGUCGAAAUUUUAUCUCUGCUGCCUAAGCGGGAGUAGAUUUAGGAAGGAACUAAAAAACAUGUUUAAGAAUAAAUUCAGCGUAAAGGACACAGCAAUGGUAGACUCGCCACCCUCGUCAAUUGUCAAUAGGGGGCAGGUCACCGACUACGACCGAGAUGACGAAAGUCGAUGUGAUGGACAGAGUGAAGAGGCCGAGGAGGCAGUGUAAAACAAUGGCAUCCGCGCGUUAGAGUUUUACCAAAAAAGGAAUAAACAUAACGUAUCACGUGACUUGCUAUUUUCUUCAACAGCCUGAAUUUCAAUUGGUCAAAUACCUACGGAUCUUUCCCGCCGAAGUCUCAAAAUAGAUUGUUUUGUUUAAAUUCGUCAGGUAAGACGACGAAGAUCCAAUGGCGAUUCUCGGGGCAAAUUAUGUAAUAUAGUGACACCUUUAUGUUUAUUACUUUAUGGUAGAUCUUAUAACAUUGGUGAAAUUUGCAAUAUACAAGUCUUAACGUGACAGGACAAAUUGAAAUUGUAGCCUUACUGUCGGCGUACUCACAAGCAAUAGUUUGUAAUAUAUACUACAGUAUUUACCGUACCAUUUGCCUGUAAAAAACAGGUAU